AUGUCUUUUGAAGCGUACGAAGACUUGACGGGGCUGCGGUUUGCGUGGAACGCGCUGCCGCAGUCUAAGAACGACGCCAAAAACUACGUCGUGCCGUUCUCUUGUCUGUACCAGCCGCUCAGACCUAUGGAGAGUCCACUCUUGUUAAAUGGACCUCCCAUCUCCUGUCGUGGGUGCCGGGCGCUGCUGAACCCGUACUGUCAGCCUGACCUGCAGAGCAGAACGUGGACAUGCUCGCUAUGUCGGCUGCGCAACCAGUUUGCUCAUGAGCUCGCCGACCUGCCAUUCGAAGCUCGUCCCGAAGCCGUCAAUUACGAGUACAUAUUGCCGCCGCUGGCCACCCAGCAGCCCUAUGUGUUCCUUUUUGUCGUGGAUCUGUGCCUGGAACCAGAAAACCUCGCUGCCCUGAAGGAAAGCCUGCUGGUGGCAAUGAACUUGAUUCCUCCAGAUGCCCUGGUUGGCUUUAUCACGUUUGGAAAAAAUGUCAACGUCCACGAGAUCGGCCAUCAGGACUCGAGCUCGAGCUACUGUUUUAAUGGGCAGAAAAGCUAUAAUGCAGACCAAAUAGAGAAAACUCUGGGCGUGCUUUCUGGAGACCUCAAAGCGCACAGGAGACCCGUCCAGAAUCAGCCUGAAAUGCCGCUAAACCCUGCCAGCAGGUUCAUCCAGCAGCUGGCCAUGUGCGAGUUUCAACUCACCACUUUAAUUGAGUCGCUUACCCCAGACUCGUUCCCUGUCGAGAAAUACCAUAGGAACCAGCGUGCCACGGGAGCUGCGUUGAACGUGGCCAUCAACCUGCUCUCGUCCACGUUCGCCAAGUCUGGUGCCCGUUUGAUGCUGUUUACGGGAGGCCCCUGCACAUACGGCCCGGGCAAAAUCGUGGACACCGCUUUGAAAAAUCCAAUCAGAUCGCACAGCGAUCUGCAAAAAGACCCGGCCAUGCUCAAGCAAUACAAAAAAUCGGCAAAAUUCUACGAAGAGCUGGCAGCCAUCGCGUCCAAAGCAGGCCACACAGUGGACAUAUUUGUCGGCUCCUACGACCAGGUCGGCCUUGCCGAAAUGGAGUGUCUCAUGCACAGAUCGGGAGGCACGGCGAUCCAGAGCGACGGGUUCUCGACGGCCAUUUUUAAACAGUCUCUGCAAAGAUUCUUCAACCGCACACCCGCAGGCACGCUCGAGUUCGGCCUCAACGCCACGCUCGAGAUCAAAACCACAAAUAACCUCAAGCUCAGUGGUAUUGUCGGUCACGUGACCGCGCUCAAGCACAAGACGCCGUUUGUGGCGGACAAGGAGAUUGGCGUGGGCGGGACGGACACGUGGAAGCUAGGCGGAGUCUCUGUGCAUUCGACCUACGGUGUGUAUUUCGAGCCUGUCAUUGAGGUUAGCCAACCGUUCGGGAUCAUACAAUUUAUCACCAGCUACCAGCAUUCGGACGGCACGCGUAGACUGCAUGUGACCACCAGUCACCAGCCAAGUCUGCAACCGGGACAGAAUUUGAUUGACUUUUUCGACCAGGAGGCUGCCGCUGUGCUGGUUGCUCGUGAAGCACUGUAUAAGGUGCUGAGAGACAACUCCACGGACGCCAUUCGGUGGUGCGACAAGAUUUUGGUGGACCUGUGUUCCAAGUUUGGAACCUACAAAGUGGGCGAUCCGCGGUCGUUGGUGCUGUCUCAGAAUUUGAACCUCUUUCCGCAGUUCAUGUACCAUCUGAGACGGUCCAAUUUCAUCCAAAUCUUCAACUCGUCGCCGGACGAAACGGCGUUCUACAGACACUGUUUCCUGACGGAGGAGUGCAUGAACUCGCUCAUCAUGAUUCAGCCGACGUUGACAUCGUUUGAGAUCGAGAAAGAGCCAGAGCCAGUGUUGUUGGAUUCGCUGUCGAUCAGACCAGACAGGAUCCUGCUCCUGGACACGUUUUUCCAUCUAUUAAUAUUCCAUGGCUCCCAAAUAGCAGAGUGGAGAAGACAGGGGUACCAAGACCUGCCGGACUACGAGUACUUCAAGGAGUUCCUGAAUCAGCCUCGGGUGGAAGCUGCAGACAUCCUUGUUGACCGGUUCCCACUGCCGCGAUUUAUCGACACCGAGGAAGGCGGGUCGCAGGCGAGGUUUUUGAUGUCGAAGCUGAACCCAACAACGUCGUACAAAAACGGCGACGACUUGCACAUUCUGGCAAACGGCCAGACGGACAGCGGCGCCGUGAUCCUCACCGACGACGUGAGUUUACAAACGUUCAUGGAACACGUCAAUAACGCGGUGGUGAAGCCGACCUAG